UCUGAUGAUUUUUCUCGUGUUUGCGAUCGGAAUAAAGAACUCGAGUGUAUUGUUUUUGAAUUACGUAACAGAGUGCAGUCAGUUGAAUCGAAGAUGGAUAUAAGCCAACAGCGAUUGGAGAAAAUUAACGCAGGGGUGUUUGCUUCGUUACAUGAACGAGUCAAACAAGAACUUCGCGAAGAAUUCCAGUCUCUUAUCACAACGGAGCCUCAAAAAUCGGAAGCAACAAAACCUGACGAUUUCUCGACAAUGCUUAACCGGCCAGAACGUAAACAGUCGCGAUCGAAAUCGUUGCCUCGCAUGAGUACACCCUAUGCUCAAGUGGACAUUAAAGAGAACCCAGAAUGUUAUGGUACUGCAACUCGUACAGCUGAUUCUUCUGGUCGUCCAGUUCAGAAGCCUGCAGUAUUUGAUGGUCGUACUCCUUGGGAAGCGUACAAGACGCAAUUUGAAAUCGUAGCAGAGAUUAACCGAUGGGAUGGAACGGAGAAAGCUGCUUUUCUAGCAACUAGUUUGCGAGGCCAAGCAUUGACAGUUUUGUCGAAUCUACCGCCCGAAAGCCGUGUUCAUUAUCCAUCGUUGGUGGCAGCCCUCGAAAGUCGAUUCGGGAGUCAAAGGCAGGCGGAAUUGCAUCGAAUGAAAUUACGCAGUCGAGUUAGACACCGAGAAGAAAGUUUGCCGGAGUUGGCUCAGGACAUAGAAAGAUUAGCGAAGUUGGCAUAUCCUAACGCAUCUCCUGCAGUUUUAGAGACAUUGACGAAAGAUCAAUUUAUUGAUGCCCUUACAGACGACGAGCUACGUUUGAGAGUGGCCCAGGCAAGACCGUCGUCUCUUCGAGCAGCUCUUGGCGUGUCGCUGGAAGUAGAAUCGUUCACUCUCGCGGCGAAACGUAGAACUAAAUUUGUUAGGACAGUGCGAGAAUCGCCAAGAAAUGGGACACAGGGAGAUAUGGUUUCUGAGGUCGAUGCUUCAUUACAAAAAAAAUCAAGAGUUUUUAGCUGAACUGAAGCGAAUGACGAGCGA